UACACAAGUUCUACAAGCAAGAAUGAGAAAAAGAGGAUUAUAAUGUGAUUAGGAAUGAUUUUGCGAUGCUUUACGAGUCACCACUGAGGGAGGCUGAAGAAUCGUCAGCUUGACAGUGAACAGAUUUCCACGAGAUUCCCACGGAGCUCUUGUGAGCGAGAUGAACAACCCGCCGGUGUGAUCGUGCACAUGGAGAGCGCGAUCCACGGCGCGUGAACGUACGCACGGAGAUCAGUGUAUUCUCUGCGCUUUGGACACUUUAGACACCAUCCUUACCGGAUGUUCUUAGAAAUCUUCGUCUGCAGAUACAGUUUCAUUUUUAAUUGAUCUAUUUGUAUUUUGCGUUACUUAUUUAUUUCCAACGAAACACUAACAGACACAUACAUUAUGUUGAAAUAAAGGGAUUUUUCGAACCCCUCAUACAAUAGUGUUUCUCCACGGACAGCUUCUUCAGUCUCCAUCCAUCCUUCUUUCGAGCUAUAUAGGAUGCAGCAGGAAUGAUCCCGGUCCAGCGCGUUAAAGCUCAGCCUCAGCUGUGGCACGUGAGCGCCGAAGCUCCUCCGUGGCUCUGGAUGGUCCCGAACACCUCCGGACUGUGUAGGGUGGGUUCUGCUCCUCCGGUGCUCAUCGCCUCUCGCCCUCCUCCGGUGAUCCAGACGGUCUCGGGAUGGCAGAUGUCCUGCGAUCCGUUCGUGCCUGUGAUGCGCACUGCCGCCACGGAACCUGCGACCAUCAGUCAGUUCAGUCUGCCCAGUGUUCAGUGGGAGAUGCCUUCCAGGCCUCAUGUGUUGGGUUUCCAACCUUCUACAAGUGUGGAUCUACUUCCAGUGUUUCCUCAUGUAUACCGGACGGUCCUGCCUCCACACUACGGCAAGGGCUGGGUGGAAAAACGUGUGCCUGACUACAAGUUUUAUCUAAACAACACUUUAGCUCUUGAGACCACCUGGAUCAGUCCAGAGGAAAUGGGAAUUUUCCAGCGUCAGGAAAAACCACUGCUGAGGACAAAUCAAACGGCGUUGAGCAUAUGUAGGCCAGCUGCAGCCUCCAGGAAUAUUCACACUCUACUGCUGACACCCAGGCGUGUUUCAGAUGACAAAGUCUAUAAUGAGAAGAAGUGA